GAGCGCGGGGGUGACGAUGGACCACCGGGACCGGCCGGGAAACGGGGCCGGGAACUGACCGCGGAGGGACGGACAGCCCGCGGGACAGACAGGCGGACAGGGGACAGCCAGCCCGGAGGGGGACAGGGGACAGCCAGCCCGGAGGGGGACAAACGGACAGGGGACGGCCAGCGCCGGGGGGAGGAAGGGGGACAGCCAGACCGCGGCGGGACAGACAGACUGACAGGGCACAACCAGCCUCGGGGGGAACGGGGACAGCCAGACGGACAGAGGGAAGCCAGCCUCGGGUGGGGACAGACAGACUGACAGGGCACAGCCUGCCCCAGGGAUAGAAAGGGGACAACCAUCCCAAAGCAUGACAGACAGACGAACAGAGGACAGCCAGCCCAGAGCAGAAUAGACAGACGUACAGGGGACAGCCAACCCCGGGACGGGGGACAGUAGGACAGGCAGCCACGAGGGGUGCAGGCAGCCGGGGUCUUGCACAGGCAGCCUGUGGGACAGGGGGACAGAGAGGGACAGACGGACAAGGUGACAAGGGGGAGCACACCCCCAGCCCUCCCGGCCCCGGGGCUGCGCGGAGCCUCCCGCGGCAGCUCCUCCGUGCGGCCGCGCACCGGGAGCCCGGCGGGGCGGCACGGCGGCCGCUCCGCCGCCUUCCCCGGCCAGGGAUGCAGCCCGGAGCCGCGGGCAGCCGGGGAUCGGGACUGCGGGGCACGGCGGCCCGACACCCACCCGGGGCUGCGUGUCCCCGAAGGGAUUUGAAGCUGAGCCAAGCGAUGGAAAUGUCAUUGUCGCGGCACGGGAGCCCGGAGAAGUGAGCGGCCGGGACACCUCUGCUCCGCGGCUGGAGAGCCGGACGGUCCCGAAAAACCAGCACAGCCCUGGGCAGAGGGGGCAGCAAGUGGGGUUUGUCACAGACUGCAAGGGCACAGGACAACACCUGGGGGCCGGGAGCUGUCCCACCACCCACCUGGGGUUUGGGACAUCGGCCUUUCCACCAGACUCUGGCACCCGUCUGAGCCCGAUGAGGAGCCGGGGCUGUGCGUGAACCUAUGCAGACCAGGAAGAAAUACAUUUUCCUGACUUUCCUUGCCUCUUGGCUCCUGCUCUUCUUCUUUGGAGGAGACCAGCUGCGCCGUCUCUCUUUCUUUUCUGGGAGGAAAGCCGAAGCCCGGAGGAACUGGCCCCGCUGGACGGAUCGGUCCCUCCUCAAAAACUUUGCGGACCCCGAGGAGCUCCAGAGGGAUGGGGACCCCUCCCUGCUGUCCCCCCGGGAGCGGCGGGCGGCGUGGCUGAGCGUCUACAAGAGCAGCAGAUGCCGGAUGGAAACCUGCUUCGACUUCUCCAGGUGCGAGAGGAACGGCUUCAAGGUGUUCACCUACCCCCGGGAGAGGGACCAGCCCACCUCGGAGAGCUACGGCAAAAUCCUCGCCUCCAUCGAGCGCUCCCGCUACUACACCCCGAAGCCCGAGGAAGCCUGCCUCUUCAUCCUCAGCAUCGACACGCUGGACCGCGACCACCUCUCGGCUCAGUACGUCCGGGAUGUCGAUGAGAAAAUCCGCGGCUUCCCGCUCUGGAAUGGCGGCCGGAACCACCUCAUCUUCAACCUCUACUCAGGCACCUGGCCCAACUACACUGGGGACCUGGGCUUCGACAUCGGCCAGGCCAUCCUGGCCAAGGCCAGCUUUGACACCGAGAGCUUCCGGCCCGGCUUUGACGUCUCCAUCCCUCUCUUCUCCAAGGACCACCCGCAGCGCGGCGGGGAGAGGGGGUGGUUGUAUCAGGACUCGGUCCCCCCGAAAAAGAAGUACUUGUUGGUGUUCAAGGGGAAGCGGUACCUGACCGGCAUCGGCUCCGGCACCCGGAACGCGCUGCACCACAUCCACAACGGGAAGGACAUCAUCUCCCUCACCACCUGCAAGCACGGCAAGGACUGGGAGAAGCACAAGGACACGCGCUGCGACAAGGAUAACGUCGACUACGAAAAGUUUGACUACCAGGAGCUGCUGCACAACUCCACCUUCUGCAUCGUGCCCCGGGGCAGGCGCUUGGGCUCCUUCCGCUUCCUGGAGGCUCUGCAGGCUGCCUGCAUCCCCGUGCUGCUGAGUGAUGGCUGGGAGCUGCCCUUCGCCGAGGCCAUCGACUGGGGCAAAGCUGCUGUCGUGGGCAGUGAGAGGCUCCUGCUGCAGAUCCCUUCUGCCGUUCGCUGCAUCCACCCAGAGCGCGUGCUGGCUUUCCAGCAGCAGACCCAGUUCCUGUGGGAUGCAUACUUCUCCUCUGUGGACAAGAUCGUGCACACCACGCUGGAGAUCAUCAAGGACCGUCUGUCUCCGCACUGUUCCCGCUCCCGCUUCCUCUGGAACACGCUGCCCGGGGGGCUCCUGGUCCUGCCCGACUUCUCCACCCACCCCGGGGAUUUUCCCUUCUACUACCUGCAGCAUGGCUCCAGCCCCUCGGAGAAGUUUACAGCUUUCAUCCGGGUCAUCUCACAAGCGGGUUCCCUCUCCCAGCCCAUCCUCAGGCUCAUCCAAGCUGUCUCUGGAUCCCAAUACUGUGCCCAGAUCCUGGUGCUGUGGAGCUGCGAGAAGCCACCACCACCGAGCGGGAAAUGGCCCCAGACCACCGUGCCUCUGACCAUCAUCCAGGGCAGGAGGAAGCCCAGCGACCGCUUCUUCCCCUACACGGCCAUCCAGACGGACGCAGUGCUGAGCCUGGAUGAGCACACCAGCCUCUCAACCAGCGAGGUGGACUUUGCCUUCGCGGUGUGGCGCAGCUUCCCCGAGCGCAUCGUGGGCUUCCCCGCCCUGAGCCACUUCUGGGACCCCGAGCAGGGGCGCUGGGGCUACACCUCCAAAUGGACCAACGAGCUCUCCAUCGUCCUCACCGCCGCCGCCUUCUACCACAGGUACCCGCCCGGGGAGGGGCUGGUGGGCAGGGAAUUGGGCCACAUCCUGCCCCCCACCUCGCCCCCUCCCCAGGUACUACCACAGCCUCUUCACCGAGUACCUGCCGGCGGGGCUGCGGGAGCUGGUGGACGGCCUGGCCGCCUGCGAGGACAUCCUGAUGAACGUCCUGGUGGCCGCCGUCACCAAGCUGCCCCCCAUCAAGGUCGCCCAGAGGAAGCAGCACAAGGACACGGUGCCCCAGCAGGUGAAGGGCACGGCGGGGGCGGUUGGCAGCCGGCGUUUCUCCCAGCGGCAGGACUGCCUCAACCAGCUGGUGGACUGGUUUGGCUACAUGCCCCUGGUGUCCUCCCAGCUGCGCCUCGACCCCGUCCUCUUCAAGGACCAGGUCUCCGUCCUGCGCAAGAAGUACCCACGCUUGGAGAAACCCUGAGGGCUGCCAGGCUGCUCUGGGUGCCCUGCUCCCGGUGCAUGGAGCCCUCUGGGAGCAGGUGGUUGCUGCUGCUAACGGGGUUUUACUCGUUAUUGGGUUUUACCAGUGCAAUAAAGGAGGGUGGAGAGGCAGAGUCUGUGGCUGUAGAACGUGGGGAGCACUGGGAGCACUGGGAGCACUGGGAGUGCUGGUGUUUGAGUGCACCAUUGCUUAUGCAUUUGGCACCUUGGGAAUAACCCGGGCAGCUCCUGGCUGCACAUACAGCUCCCCCAGCCCCGCGGGGAGGGCGAGUCCUUCACCUUCCUGAGGGCAAACAGAGGAGCGAUAAGAGGCGAGAGCAAGGCCAGUGUGUCCUCCUUCCCCCAGCUUGGAUGGGUCCACCCACAGCACCAGGCACUCCAGCACCCCACUGCCUCACAGCACUCCUCAGAGAAGGGAAAAGGUGUGUUUUAGCUGCCUUGCCCCCCAGCUGAAUAGAAAUAGGGAAUAUUAAGGCUGCUGGCUUCCAACAGCUGCAGCCCUCCGGCUUCCACAGCCCUGGGUCUGCCCUUGGUUCCUACAGAUACCAGAGAUAACACCCUGAUACCAGACCCAACACCCCUGUGCUCUGCUUUAUUUUCCACACAUAAGAAGUUUCCCCUGGGAAGCCAGCAGAGGAGUCAGUCGCGGGGGGGCUGGCAUUCCCGGCAGUCCCUCAUCUCCUCGGAGUAGCUCUCCACCUGGAUGGUGGUGGUGUGGAAGUGGAAGGUGCCCUGCAGCCGGGAGCUGGCCUCCUCCAGCACCUCCUGCGCGCUGGCAGCCGCGUCUGCGGGGAGAGAGGGACGGGCUGUGGGGGUGUGGGUGAACCCCGACCCCCCACCCUGUGUCGGGAUGGAAAGGGAAGGGACGUGGGGGUGUGGGUGACCCCUGACCGCCCCUUGGGAUACUCACUGAUGGCGAUGUGCACCGAGAGCAGGGGCUGUGCUGCCGUCAGCGCCCAGAUGUGCAGGCUGUGCACGGCCUCCACCCCCCGCACCGCCAGCAGCGUCUCCCGCACCGCGUUGAAAUCCAUCCCUUUGGGGGUCCCUGGGGAGGGAGAGCCAUGGGCGCUGCAGGGAGGGGGACCACGGCACCCAUGGGUGACCCCACGGCCCAGACCCCCCCUCCCGGUGGGUCCCCACCUUCCAUGAGGACGAGGAGGACGUCGCGCAGGAUGGUCAGCGUCGUCCCCAGCACCAGCGCGGAGAAGAGGAAGGUGCAGAUGGGAUCCACGAACUUGUAAUUGGGCUGGAGAGGGUGGGAGAGGGUGAGGCCUCCCUGGAAACAUCACCUCGCCCCAAACCCCCAACAGCACCAGCAAGCAGGGGACAGUCUCACCCCUAUGUGGGGACACAGUCUCACCCCUAUGUCUCUGUCAGAGAGAGAGACAGAGACUGUCAGAGACAGAGACCCCUCUGUCUCCAUCUCACCCCUCUGUCUGGCCAGGCUGGCUGAAGCCGCUGCCUCCAUGUCCCCAAGCAUCCCCUUUGCCCCCAGUAACACCCAGACCUUGAAGAAGAUGAUGUAGGAUGCGAUGAGGACACCAACACUCUGCAGCAGGUCCCCCACGACGUGGACGAAGGCGGCGCGGACGCUGGCGCUGGGCUGCUCGCCGGCUGCCCCGUGGCUGUGCCCGUGCCCUGUCUGGUGCAGAGCCAACCCCAUCCUGCGGGCAGGACAGUGGUGACACCCCCAGGGGCCACCAGACACAGGGAGGGGACACCCAGGGAGGACAGGAGCCAGCUGGCCACACGUACACGAUGUUGACGGCCACGGCGCAGGCGGAGGUGAUGAGCAUGACCCCACCCUCAAUGUCGUAGUCACCUGAGAGCAGGCGCUGGGCUGCCAGGUAGACCAGGACCCCCGUGACCACCCAGAUGGAGAGCACGGAGAGCAGGGCCCCCAGGAUCUCUGUGGAGAGACCCCCCACCCCACAUUGUUGCUUUGCCACUGUGCCAAACCUGAGCUCCCUUCUGGGCUCCCCAGCAGCCUCGGGGUGUGGGAUGGGCACCCAGCACCCAGUCCUUAUGGGCAGAGCACCCUGGGAUGCUCUGAGUGCUCCCUGGGGUUCCUGGGAGCUGGAUGGUGGUGCCACCCCGUUACCUGCCCGGUGCCAGCCGAAGUUCAUGGUUUUUGUGGGUGGGCGUGAGGACACCCAGAGUGCAAAGAGGCUGAUCAUGAUGCUGGCAAAGUCCGUCAGGAGGUGAGCUGCGUCCGUCAGGAUGGCCAGGCUGUGUGCCAGGUACCCCCCUGCGGAGAGGGGACAUCAGUGGGGACAUUGGGGUGGCAUCCCACCCCGAGGCAGGCCCAGGCCAGCUCACCCCAUGCCACUGUGGGGGCCCCACUGUGUGUUUUGACCCACUGAAAACCCACAGAGACCCCUGCCUGCACCCACAGCAGGGAAUCAGGACAAGAGGGGCUGCAGGCACCCACUCGGGGUGAUCACACAGGGACCAAACCCCCGGACCCCGGACCCACCACUCACCCACGGCUUCCCCCACCAUGAAGACGAGGCAGAUGCCAGCGGCCAGGUAGAGCUUCCUGCGCGCCCGCCGCUGCUGCCCGGGGUGGCCGUCGGGCCCCCGGGUGUGGCAGUGCUGGCCACGCCGUGUCCCCAGCUCCAGGGCGGGCGCCUGUCCCCGCACCGAGUUGUGCCCGUUCUUUUGCUCAGCCCCCACGUAGGACCUGCCGGGCAAAGGGGUGGUUGGGGACCCGGGGGGAUUUUGGGGAGGGGUUUAGACCCUGAAUGCCCCUCCCCCCGCCCCUUCCCUGGCCAGGUGACUCCAGGAGACCCCGCUUUGGAGCUCCACAGGGAAGAGGGACCCAACAUCCCCAGCCCCGCCGGGUACCCCCCUACCCGGCUGCGCCCUCGCUCAGGAGGUGCCGUUUCUCCUCGCCGGCUGCCAUCCUCCUCCGGGGCGGGGGGCUCGGGGCGGGUGACCCCGGCGUGUGGCCGGCGCUGGUGGCAGCCGGUGGCCUCGGAUCGUGUGGAGCGCCGGGAUUCGUGUGCAAAUCCCGGCUGGAGGAGGGACAGCCAAGCCGGCUGCAAAGCGCCCGCCGCCGCCUUGACCCGGGGUGGGCCCCCUCACCCGGCACCUGGAGGGGGAGAUUCCUCUGCGACCCCCCCAUAGCACCCCCAAGGAGCUGCACACCAGGGCGUGGAUGCAGCCCCCGAGGUGGGGGGGGGCAUGGAACAUCCCCAUGUCCCCCCCCAGAAGGCUCCUGGUGAACCCCCUCCCUGACUUGGGGAGCCCUCGGAACGCCCCCAGUUUAGAUCCAGCUGCGGAGCAGCCGUGUGAUGGAUACGCCCGGAGCCAGACCCGCCCCCAGCAGCGACUCCUGCCCCCUGCUCUGGGUGAGCAGCACUAAUUACCCUGGGGCUAAUUGCAAUUGUGAUUCAGCCCAGGGCACUGCUGCAGGCCCUGCCUCUGUUUCCCCUUGGCCCCUGCUGAGCCAGGCUUAUAUUUUUUUCAGGAGAAAAGCAUCUAUGGUGUAUUUUUGCGUUUAUGGUGUAUUUUUGCAUUCAAGGUGUAUUCUUGCACUUGUGUGAACUCAGCCAGCAGCAAAACAGCAGCUCGAUGCCAAGACCAUCCCCAUUUUGGGGACUGGCACAGCCUGGAGCAUCCUCAGGCCUCUCUGUGCCACAUUUCCAACCCCAGGCAAGCACAUCUCAUCACCAGGAGAUAAAUCCUGCAGGGUGCUGACCUGUUAUAUCCCCAGGCAGGAGGCCAGGCCUGCAUGCCAGUGCUGCCAGAGGUGCUAACGAGGCUGGAAAUUAAGAGUUGGAUUGGAGGUGUCCCUCUGCCACUCCAAGACCUGGCAGGGCCACCAGUGAUGGCACCAUCCUGGCAAACCCACCCACAAGCCAAGACGGGGGAGGCGAGGAAGAAAUAACCACCCGAACCACCAGUUUUUUUCUUUACAAAAUACACAAAUUUCAAAUCCGUGACAAUUAUAUACAAAAAAAACCCCAAGGAAAGUUACAAAACGUGCGGAAUUGUCCUGUUUGCACCCGUAUGGAAAAGUGUCCUGUGCUGGAGCAGGCGCCGGCUCUCCGGGCUGCCGGUCCCUGCGCUGUGUCCCCCCCCAAUCCCGAAUCCACCGCUGGACAUCCUGUGCCCACGGCGUUUCUCCCGUGCUGGCAGCAUCACUGUGGCUACUGGGAAGCUGCCGGGGAAGAGAGUAGGAGGGUCAAGGGGAAUCCAAGCCCCCCAAAGCUCCCCCAGGGGUUGAGGGUCCCAGAGGGGUGGGCUUGGCUCCUUACCCAUCACUGUCCUCUCGGGCGCUGUGUCCUCCUCCACCUCUUCCUCCUCCCCAUCAAAGUAUUCCUCGUCUUCCUCUGCUGCAAACAAGCCACCAAAUGUCACCAGGAGCCACCAGGAGAUGCGAUGGGUGUCACUGGAUUGGUGGGGGUUGGUAAAGGGGUGUCAGGGGGUCGGGGGCUGAAUUACCGGGGUCGAAGUCCAAGGCACGGACGGCGUCAGUGAGGUGGUCCAGGCUCACGGAGAAGGCAUCCAUGCUCUCAUAUCCCUGCUGAAUCUUCUCCAGACGACCACCCUUGGAGGCCUCCACGAUCCUGGGCAGGGAAAGCAUGGAUAUGUGUGUCCCUGUCCCCUCGCCAAGCUGGAGGACCACGGGAUGCCAGGGUGGGGGGUCGGGGGAACCCCCCACUGGCAAAGCCCCGUGGCCAAAUCCUGCCCAUCUGUGGGGCUGGGAUCACUGGAUUUUCCCCAGUUUGAGCACUUACAUUUUGAUGAGCUGCUUUGCAUUCUGUGUGGAGAGAGGCAGAGAAGGAGAAGGAGAAGGAGAAGGAGAAGAAGGAGAAGGAGGUGAGUGAAGCCACAAGAGAGCCACCAGGAUGUCCUCGACAGUAGGACCCCAUGUGGGCACCAGCAGGGAGGGAAAAAUUUGGGGGGUCUCACCAUGAGGAAGGCAGCCCCCCCGGUCUCCUCAGCUGCCUGGAUGGCCGUUUCCACCAGCCGGCUUGACUUCUCCAGCUGCUCCUUGUACUGGCAGAUGAGGCUCUGGAUGAAGGCUGUCUUUUCUCCCUGCUCCUGGGAGAUGCGCUGCAGCAGCUCCGACUUCUUCUCCUCCAGCAGCGCUGCCAAGGCGUCGAAGCGAGCGCACAGCUCCCGCUUGGCCGCCUCACUGUUCUCCUGUGGGGACAGGGG